AUGCCGGAAGUGAGAAGUGAAGAUUCAUGGAGCGAUGACUCGUCCAGUGAAGAUUCAUGGAGCGAUGACUCGUCCAGUGAAGAUUCAUGGAGCGAUGACUCGUCCAGUGAAGAUUCAUGGAGCGAUGACUCGUCCAGUGAAGAUUCAUGGAGCGAUGACUCGUCCAGUGAAGAUUCAUGGAGCGAUGACUCGUCCAGUGAAGAUUCAUGGAGCGAUGACUCGUCCAGUGAAGAUUCAUGGAGCGAUGACUCGUCCAGUGAAGAUUCAUGGAGCGAUGACUCGUCCAGUGAAGAUUCAUGGAGCGAUGACUCGUCCAGUGAAGAUUCAUGGAGCGAUGACUCGUCCAGUGAAGAUUCAUGGAGCGAUGACUCGUCCAGUGAAGAUUCAUGGAGCGAUGACUCGUCCAGUGAAGAUUCAUGGAGCGAUGACUCGUCCAGUGAAGAUUCAUGGAGCGAUGACUCGUCCAGUGAAGAUUCAUGGAGCGAUGACUCGUCCAGUGAAGAUUCAUGGAGCGAUGACUCGUCCAGUGAAGAUUCAUGGAGCGAUGACUCGUCCAGUGAAGAUUCAUGGAGCGAUGACUCGUCCAGUGAAGAUUCAUGGAGCGAUGACUCGUCCAGUGAAGAUUCAUGGAGCGAUGACUCGUCCAGUGAAGAUUCAUGGAGCGAUGACUCGUCCAGUGAAGAUUCAUGGAGCGAUGACUCGUCCAGUGAAGAUUCAUGGAGCGAUGACUCGUCCAGUGAAGAUUCAUGGAGCGAUGACUCGUCCAGUGAAGAUUCAUGGAGCGAUGACUCGUCCAGUGAAGAUUCAUGGAGCGAUGACUCGUCCAGUGAAGAUUCAUGGAGCGAUGACUCGUCGACUGACGAUGGUGCGGAUUCGGCACCUGCUGUUUCUGGCGCUGGAGUCGAG